CCACGCUAAUUCAUUAUAAAAAGACAGUAUAACCACUCGGGAUCUCCCUGGCUAAUUACAACUUUUCUUACUCUUUGUUUUGGUUCUUAAGGAAAGAUGCACCCGAUCUUCGAUGCAAUCCGUCGAAAUGACAUUCCAACUUUUUUGGGUUUGGUGAAAGAGAGAGAGUCGUGGCUGAACAAGAGAACUAAGGAACAAGACAACAACACGGUGUUGCACAUGGCUGCAAAGCAUGGGCGUGAAGAACUCGUCUCCAAGAUUAUUGAGCUCAGACAUUCCCUCAUCUUUUCCGUUAAUGCAAACGGAGACACACCGUUGCAUCUCGCUGCUCUCCUUGGAGACGUAAACAUAGUUUGGACGUUGUUAGACUUUGGACGGAAAACUUGUUCCGCAAGGAACAACAACUACGAAACACCCCUCCAUUUAGCUUGCCGCAGCAUUUCCACGGAGACUGCCAUAUUGCUUGUGGAAAAAGCACAUUUUGUCUGCUUCGAUGAACUCAACUUCGCCAUAUCAAGUGGAUCCACAUAUGUUGCAAGGAUUAUAAUGGAGAAAUUCCCAGACCUAGCUAAGCAAUUAGCCUGGUCAGUGGGAGGCUCGCCAAUGACGCUAUUGCAUCAUGCGUGUGAUAGAGGAGACCCUGAACUGACAAGGAUAUUGUUAGGGCUCGAUCAGGGACUAGAAAAAGCUACUAACACCAACGGGUUAUCGCCUCUGCAUCUGGCCGUUCUAAGAGGUCCGGUUGUAAUCCUGGAAGAGUUCCUGGAAAAGGCUCCAUUGUCCUUCAGCUCUCUCACACCGUCCAAUGAGACAGUAUUUCAUCUCGCUGCUCGAAACAAAAACAUAGAUGCUUUUAUUUUCAUGGCAGAGAGUCUGGGCACUAACAGCCAAGAACUUCUGCAGCAAGUAGAUGUUAAUGGAAACACUGUCUUACAUAUCGCUGCCUCCAUGUCUUAUGGUGCUCCGCUGAUACGCUACAUUGUUGGUAAGAAGAUGGUAGAUAUCAACUAUAGAAACAAGAUGGGGUUUGCUGCUUUGCACCUUCUCCCUCAUGAAGCGGAAGACUUUGAGUUGUUAUCAACCUUGCUAAUGUUGGAUACCAAGCUGGAUUCUGAUCAGAGCAGUGAAGAACACGAUGACCACUCUAAUUCAUACAGUAAACGGUCUCAAGAAGGAAUUAAAUCUUUAGAUAUCUCCGGAACCUCAAAAGAGAACGAGGUAAUACGGUUGCUUAGGUUAAUAGAAACGAACACAUCAAAAAUAGCACAUAUAAAACAAAGCAAAAAAGGGGAAGUUGAAAGAGGUCGUAGAAGCUUGGAACGUGAGAUGCAUAUAGAAGCAUUACAAAAUGCAAGAAAUACGAUUGCGAUAGUGGCAGUCCUGAUUGCUUCAGUUUCUUAUGCUGGUGGGAUUAACCCUCCAGGGGGCGUCUACGAAGAUGGGCCUUGGAGAGGUAAAUCGAUGGUAGGCAAUACGACACCGUUUAAAGUCUUUGCAGUAUGCAACAACAUCGCACUCUUCACCUCGUUGUGCAUCGUUAUUCUUCUCGUUAGCAUUAUACCUUACAAGAGGAAACCCUUGAAGAGAUUACUGGUGGCCACGCACAGGAUGAUGUGGGUUUCUGUAGGAUUCAUGGCAACAGCUUAUGUUGCCGCGUCUUGGGUGACCAUACCACAUUUUCAUGAAACAAGAUGGUUAUUUCCGGCCAUUGUUUCCGUUGCUGGUGGAUCUUUGGUGGUACUCUUUUCUUAUCUUGGAGUUGAGACCAUCGGUCAUUGGUUUAAGAAGAUGAACCGUGUAGGAGAUAAACCUCCCAUUGCAAGUACCAGCCGAGAUCAUCCCAAUGUGCCUUCCUUUGCAAGGACUAACUCUGAUUUAGCCGCCUCGGAAGCGUCAGGCUAUUUCACCUAUUGAAUCUUGAGAAAAAGUUUCUCAGCUAUACGAAGUGUACUCUAAUAUGGUGAAAACCAUCCAAUCUAUGAAAAUGUGUCAACAAUUACACUAAGUUUAAUUGAUUAUAUGGUGGAAACAUCACAAUCAGGUUUAAUUGAUUUUAGUUUAAGUUAAUGGUUCAAUUUGUAAUUUAUUAAAGUUAACCCCAAUUCAUUAAAAUCAAUUAAGUUUAUUAAUAAAAUCAAUUCAUAAAAUCAAGUUUUUUAAUAAACUUAUUAACUUCAUUGGUGAGUCUCCUUGUGGAGAGCAAACAAACAUGAUACAAUGGCCUUAUCUUCUGCAGAAGCAAAGUACCGUGCUAUGUCUGAAGCAGUUAAAGAGUUGAAGUGGUUUAAAAUUGCUCGUUUCAUUUGGUCUUUUCUCAUACGUCUCCUAUUCUUCUUUGCUGUGAUAGCAAGUCUGUUAUAUACAUUGCAGCAAAUCCGGUAUUUCAUGAGCGCACAAAACAUAUCGAGAGAGACUGCCACCAUGUUAGAGAUGCGGUUAAAUCAAGGCUUAUCACUACAGAACAUGCUACAUCAAAGAAUCAGCUUGCCGACAUGCUUACAAAGUCACUUCCCCGACCUCUCUUUGAAGGUCUUCUGUCCAAAUUGGGAGUUUGGAACCUCACUUUUCCAACUUGAGGGACAGUAAUAAGAUAACUACUAGGAUAUUUUGAUAAGUCCUACUAUCAUUGAGAUAAUGGUGUAAUUACCUAAGUCCUAGGGGAUUAGGAUUCUCUUAUGGUUGUAUAUAAACAGGCGAUUGCC